CUUUUUUCGAGGGUUGGACCUCCUUUCUUUUAUAUUUUUCAUUUCUCUUCUGUUUAGAACAGGAUAGAAAUACCCCCCGCUCUAAUCUUUGAGCGUCGCGUCUGAUCUUUGGACGCUGUUGGGCUUGUUGCUCAAAAAAAAAGAUACCCCUCAUAGAAAAAAAAGGAAGGAUUCUUCUUUCUUUACUCUAAUACUCCCUUCCCCGUUUUUCUACGAAAACCGCCAAAAUUUCUUCCAAAAUGCCUGCCGCAAACGUCGCCUCUUCUCCUGCCACCACUGGCAAGGAGACCGCCAAGUCGGUCGCUGUCCUCGAGGACCUCAUCAAGAACCUCAACAUCUCCACCAGCGCCGAUGAGGCUCUCGCUGCUGCUGGCAACCUUGCCACUCUCUUCUCCGGUCCCAUCCCCGAGCAGACCCUUCCCCUGAAGGCUGCCGAGACCUUCAAGAAGCAGCUCGCCAACAAGAAGGAUGCUACUGCCCGUGAGCGUGCCUGCGAGGGCAUCCGGGCUAUUGCCUCCCACAACACAGUCGCUCCCGGUGUUGAGCCCCACCUCAUUUCCCUCCUUGGCCCCGUCCUCGCCGCUGUCGGUGACAAGAUGGUCCCCGUCAAGCAGGCCGCUCAGAGCGCCGCCAUCGCCAUCGUCCAGGCCGUCAACCCCAACGCCGUCAAGGCCGUUGUCACUCCUCUCCUCGAGUCUCUGGCUAACGCCCAGAAGUGGCCCGAGAAGAUGGCCGCUCUCGACUGCAUCAACAUCCUCGUCGAGACUGCCCCCGCUCAGCUCGGUUACCAGGUUCCCACUCUCAUCCCCGUCAUCUCCGAGGCCAUGUGGGACACCAAGUCCGAGAUCAAGAAGGCCGCCUACUCCACCAUGGAGAAGGUUUGCGGUCUCAUUGUCAACAAGGAUAUUGAGCGUUUCAUUCCCGAGCUUAUCAAGUGUAUUGCUAAGCCCGAGAACGUCGCCGAGACCAUUCACUUGCUCGGUGCCACCACUUUCGUCACUGACGUGACCAGCCCUACUCUCGCUAUCAUGGUUCCCCUGCUCGACCGUGGUCUCGUUGAGCGUGAGACCGCUAUCAAGCGUAAGACCGCUGUCAUCGUCGACAACAUGUGUAAGCUUGUCGAGGAUCCUCAGCUCGUCGCUCCUUUCCUGCCCAAGAUGUUGCCGGGUCUGAACAAGAACUACGAGACCCUUGCCGACCCCGAGGCCCGUGAGAAGACUCGCCAGGCUCUUGACACUCUCGCCCGUGUUGGUGAUGUCAAGGACGGCAAGAUUCCCGAGGUCUCCCGCGCUGGUGACAUCUCCACCAUCGCUGCCAUCCUCAAGGAGGUCCUCGAGGCUUCCAAGCACAAGGACGUCAUCCCCACCUCUGAGGAGAUCAUCAACUACAUUGGUGCCGUCUCCGGUCAGCUCGUUGACGAGAAGGAGUCCGACCACGUCAUCUGGACCCAGAACACCCUCCCCUACAUCACCGCCAUCGUCGGUGAGGAGGACGCCAAGAACGUCGCUGAGGCUCUCCGCAAGAAGGCCUGCCCCGACGCCGAGGCUGCCGAUGCCAUCCCCUCUGAUGAGGAGGAGGGUGAGGAUCUUUGCAACUGUACCUUCUCUUUGGCUUACGGUGCCAAGAUUCUGCUGAACCAGACUCACCUGCGCCUCAAGCGUGGCCAGCGUUACGGUCUCCUGGGCCCCAACGGUUCCGGUAAGACCACCCUCAUGCGCGCUAUCAACAACGAGCAGCUCGAGGGUUUCCCCAAGAAGGAUGAGGUCAAGACCGUCUACGUCGAGCACGACCUCGACUCUGCCGAUACCGAGCAGACCGUCAUUGCCUGGACCCAGAAGAAGCUUGCCGAGGUUGGCCAGCACCCUCCCGUUGAGGAGCUCGAGGACAAGCUCGUCAACGAGUUCGGCUUCCAGCCCUCUCAGAUCUCCGGUCCCAUCACCGCCCUCUCUGGUGGUUGGAAGAUGAAGCUCGCUCUGUGCCGUGCCGUCUUCGAGAGCCCCGAUAUUCUCCUGCUCGAUGAGCCCACCAACCACUUGGACGUCAAGAACGUCGCAUGGCUCGAGAACUACCUCAAGUCUUCCCCUUGCACUUCCAUCAUGGUCUCCCACGACUCUCGCUUCCUUGACCACGUCAUCCAACACGUUGUCCACUACGAGCGCUUCAAGCUCCGCCGUUACCGCGGUACCCUCUCCGACUUCGUCAAGCAGCACCCCGCUGCCAAGUCCUACUACGAGCUCGGUGCCUCCGACAUGGAGUUCAAGUUCCCUGAGCCCGGUUUCCUUGAGGGUGUCAAGACCAAGUCCAAGGCCAUUGUCCGUGUCUCCAACAUGUCCUUCCAGUACCCCGGUACCCCCAAGCCCCAGAUCCACGGAAUUACCUUCCAGGUCUCCCUUGGUUCCCGUAUUGCUGUCAUUGGUGCCAACGGUGCCGGCAAGUCUACUCUCGUUAACGUCCUGACUGGUGAACUUAUCCCCACCUCCGGUGAUGUCUACCAGCACGAGAACAUCCGUAUUGCCUACAUCAAGCAGCACGCUUUCGCUCACAUCGAUAACCACCUGAACUCCACUCCCUCCGAGUACAUUCAGUGGCGUUUCCAGACCGGUGAGGACCGUGAGACCAUGGACCGCGCCAACAAGAUCGUCACCGAGGAGGACGAGAAGGCCAUGGACAAGAUCUACAAGGUCGAGGGUACCAUGCGUCGUGUCAUUGGCAUCCACUCCCGCAGAAAGUUCAAGAACACCUACGAGUACGAGAUCUCUUGGUCUCUGGGUGACAACAUCGGCAUGAAGUCCGAGAAGUGGGUUCCCAUGAUGUCCAACGACAACACCUGGUUGCCCCGUUCCGAGAUCAUUGUCUCUCACCCCAAGCAGGUCGCUGAGGUUGACCAGAAGGAGGCCCUCGCCUCCGGUCAGUUCCGUCCCCUUGUCCGCAAGGAGAUUGAGCAGCACUGCGCCAACUUCGGUCUCGAUGCCGAGCUGGUCUCUCACUCCCGUAUGCGCGGUCUCUCCGGUGGCCAGCGUGUCAAGGUCGUCCUCGCCGCUUGCUCGUGGCAGCGUCCCCACGUCAUCGUCCUCGACGAGCCUACCAACUACCUCGACCGUGACUCCCUCGGUGCCCUCUCCAAGGCCAUCAAGUCCUUCGAGGGUGGUGUUGUCAUCAUUACUCACUCUCGUGAGUUCACUGAGAACCUCACUGAGGAAGUCUGGGCUGUCAACGACGGUGUCAUGACUCCCUCCGGACACAACUGGGUCCAGGGUCAGGGUUCCGGCCCCCGUCUCGACGCCAAGGGUGACGAUGACGAGGACAAGUUCGAUGCCAUGGGUAACAAGAUCACUGUCCAGAAGAAGGUCAAGCUUACUGGCUCCGAGCUCCGCAAGAAGAAGAAGGAGCGUGCUGCCCGCCGCAAGCGUGGUGAGGAGGUCUUCUCUGAUGAGGAUGACAUCUAAGCCGUUCGCUUCGGUUCUGUUAUUGAUGGAUGCAUAUUAUGAUGUGUUGAUGAAUUUCAUAUGCUUACGCUGAGAACAAAAUACAUUUCCUGUUCAAACAUUCGUUA